AUGGCUCCCUCAUACCAGUCUCGCCUUUAUGGGCUGCUAUUUACCUCGACACUGCUCGCAAGAAGCUAUGCCACUCCUUCGGUCCCAAUUGCAUACUGCGCCAAAGUCAACACAGGCACAACACCUACAAACACCAGUAUAUACCAGUCCGAUGGCCUCUGCUACAACUUCUGUGUCUCUCAGUACGCCUUUGCCGUUGUUCAGGGCAAUGACUGUUGGUGUUCCGACUACACCCCAACCAAGAGCUCGCAGGUCUCUGUCUCCGAAUGCGACCAGACUUGCUCCGGCUGGCCUUCCGAUGUCUGCGGCGGCGACAACCUCUUCGGCUAUAUGGCCCUGAACAAGGCGCCCUCUGGCACUGCUGGAGCCAGCAGCGGCAGCUCUGCUGCUCCCACUUCUUCGUCGACUGAAAUACACGUUUUGCGUUUGCGAUGA